AACACGUAUCUAUUGGGACACACGUGGAAUAUCUCGGGAGAGUCGGCGGUUUGUCUGUCUCGGGUUCCCCACAAAAACCCCAUCGCUUUCCGUUACUCGCAUUCCCGCCUUUUUGAACCUUCUUUUUUCAGCAGCAGAAGAAGAGACAGAGAAAGAUAUGUGCGGAAGAGCACGUUGCACACUUAGCGUAGAUGAUAUUCCCAGGGCUUGUCAUCUCAACUCUCGUCCACUUCGUUCAAUCGACACCAAUCGGUACCGUCCUGCUUAUAAUGUGGCCCCUGGCUCGACCCUACCUGUUAUUAGAAGGGACAACGGAACCAAUAGUCAAGGAGUUGCUAUUCACUGCAUGAAAUGGGGGCUUAUACCCAGUUUCACAAACAAAGCUGAGAAACCUGAUCACUACAAGAUGUUUAAUGCUCGCUCUGAGUCUGUUACUGAGAAGGCCUCCUUUCGUCGUCUUGUUCCUGGCAGCAGGUGUCUUGUGACCGUAGAAGGAUUUUAUGAGUGGAAGAAAGAUGGGGCUAAAAAGCAACCUUAUUACAUUCAUUUCAAGGAUGGCCGACCUAUGGUGUUUGCUGCCCUAUAUGAUUCUUGGAAAAAUGCGGAAGGAGAAGUUCUUUAUACCUUCACAAUUCUGACAACUUCUUCAUCAUCAGCUUUAGCCUGGCUGCAUGACAGGAUGCCUGUUAUUUUAGGUAAGACGGGAUCUACUGAGGAGUGGCUGGAUGGUUCCUCAUCUUCCAAAUUCAAUACAGUCCUUAAACCAUAUGAAGAACCUGAUCUGAUAUGGUAUCCAGUGACAUCCGCAAUGAAUAAGCCUUCAUAUGACGGGCCAGAGUGCAUUAAAGAGAUACAACUAAAGACUGAUGAGAUGAAGCCAAUCUCAAGUUUUUUCUCAAAGAAAGUAAAUAAUAGCGAGGAAUCUAAAUCUCAGGUGACCAAUGCUGGUAAGGCCUCCAUGCAUGCUACUCCAGCAUUAAGCUUGAAAGUGGAGCCCGAUACUGAAGGGAACACAGGCAUUCAGCAACCUCUUGUAGAUAAAAGUAAAGAAGAUGUAAAAUCUAAUGUUGCUCAGGCUCAGCUAGCGAAUGAGGAUGCACAUCAGUUCCAGCUCAAGCGAAAUUAUGAAGAGUACUCUGCUCAAGAAAAACCCUCCUUUGAAACUGACCAUCCUCAGUCUACUCCAGCCAGAAAGAAAGGAAACCUUGGAGGUUCAGGUGCUGGUUCUGGACAGAAGUCGCUUUUUUCUUACUUCGGAAAAGGUUAAUCAUUUGCUCUGGUGAUGCCAACGUAUGUAUAUAUACCUCCUCUUUUUGCCUAGCUCAGUUGAAAAAUUAAGAACACAAAUUCUCUUUUGGAAGGAGAAUUCAGGAAAAAAGUCGCUUCAGCUGUCCAAGGGGUGAGAAUAUAUAGAACUAUCUGUUUCUUAUCAGCCUUAAAAUGUUUAGACAUAGCAGAUUGUGUACAAAUGCUAACAUUGAAGUGCUGUUGCUCUUAAAGCUUGUCUGUAACAACACUUUAAGCAUGUUUGUUAAAUUUCUGUUUCUUUUGAAGCUUAAUAUGACUGAGAAAAUUUCUUACA